UUUUUCCGUCCUCUGACAUCGCUUCCAAUCCCCUUUCAUAGCAAUGAUUCUGCAGCAACAACUACAACAACAUCCCCUCUCUUCUUCAUCCUUCUCCCUUCUUCUCUCUCACACGCACACCCUCUUCCCACCACACAAUUGCCCUCUUUCUUCGCGUUUCCCAAUUCUUCUUUCCUAAUCAGACCCUGCUGCAGAAAGUUGCGCCUCUCUAAUCCCCGUAGAGUGGUCCUCACUCUCAUCCUCAGCAACUUUCCUCCCCAAUUCAUUCAUUCCCUGCUUUUGUAUUUUUUGCUUCUCCUUUUUGGCCCUUUGUAUCGGCAAAAUGCAAGAAGCUGGAUUGGGAAUUAUGGGUGGGGGUUUGAGAGGAGAAUUGUCCCCGUCCGGUGAGCUCCUCCGGCAGCUGAAGGUGGAGAUAGCGGCGCAUCCUCUAUGUGAGCAGCUUGUGGCCGCCCAUGUGGGCUGCCUCCGUGUCGCCACUCCGAUCGAUCAGCUUCCGCUCAUCGACGCUCAGUUAUCGCAGUCUCGUCAGCUUCUUCGGUCUUAUGCCUCGCUUCACAGUCAUUCCCUUUCACCUCAAGAUCGCCAAGAACUCGAUAACUUCCUGGCACAGUAUUUGGUAGUGCUGUGUAGCUUUAAAGAACAGCUUCAGCAGCAUGUCAGAAUUCAUGCGGUGGAGGCUGUUAUGGCCUGUCGUGAUAUUGAAAAUACCUUACAAGCUCUCACAGGAGUGACUUUGGGAGAAGGAAGUGGGGCAACAAUGUCAGACGAUGAAGACGAAAUGGCGGUGGAUUUCUCAAUGGAUCAGUCUGGCGUUGAAGGGCAUGACAUGAUGGGUUUUGGUCCAUUACUUCCUACAGAAUCCGAAAGGUCCCUAAUGGAAAGAGUUCGUCAGGAACUAAAGAUAGAGCUGAAGCAGGGAUUUAAGUCGAGAAUCGAAGAUGUGAGAGAGGAAAUCCUAAGGAAAAGAAGAGCUGGGAAAUUACCAGGUGACACUACUACAGUGUUGAAGAAUUGGUGGCAACAACAUGCUAAGUGGCCCUACCCAACUGAAGAUGACAAGGCAAAACUUGUGGAGGAGACAGGGUUGCAUCUGAAGCAGAUUAAUAACUGGUUCAUCAACCAAAGAAAACGAAACUGGCACAACAACUCGCAGUCUGUCACCUCUUUGAAGUCCAAGCGCAAGAGGCAUGUAUUUUAAGUUUCAGCAGUCUUUGGAGCCGAGGAAUGAGAGGGAUGAGGAUGCUUUUUCAGUUUGGUAUUAUUGGAUGAAAGAAAGCAAUGAUUAAGAUGAAGGUGAUGAUCAAUCACCUUUCCGGAGCACUUGACAAUGAAUGCGCCAUUUUAUUAUAAUAUGAAUAAUUCAGAAAGUAGGUAAUGUCCUUUUUAUAAAAUAUGAAUAAUUGGAUUAUGUAAGAAAAUAAUUAAAAUUAGUCAAAUACAAUAAAUACAUGAUAAGUGUAA